AUUAUCUUCUACAAUCGACGUCUUCAUUUGAAUAAAGUUUGAAGUAAAACUUUACAUAUUAAUUCAACGUGCAAACAUUGGUUUUUAAAUCAAAAGUAGAAAACGGUUUAAACGUAAGUUCACAAUGGCUUCUAGAACAUUUCGGGAUUCAAACAAAGACAAUGCAGGCGAUUUUAUUGGCGGAAGUACUGUGACACAAUCAUGUGAGCCUUGUUUGAAAACCAACAUAUCAAAAACUGCUACGGUUUUCUGCAAAGAUUGUGAUGAAUAUCUGUGUGAUGCGUGCAAAAAUCCACAUACCGUCUAUAAACCAGGUCAGCAUAACAUUGUCAAUUUACAGGACAAUAAAUAUGCGCCUGAAAUAAUCGACAUGAAUGGAAUGGACAAGUGUCACGAGCAUGAGCGAGAAAUGGAGUUUUUCUGCCAGGAUCAUUCUAAGCUGUGUUGCAGUUCAUGCGUUCUCAUUCACAGGAAAUGUGACCAGGUGGAUGAAAUAGCCAAAUUAUCCGGACAAACACGACCCGAGCUUAAAGCAUUAAAACAAUCGUUUGUAGAAUUGCAAUCCGAGGCUGAUGCUAUUAAAGCGGAUUGUGAGCAGUCGGAAACUGGUUUAAAUGGUCCAUUGCAAAGAUAGCUUCAGAAGUGGAUAAAAUGAGAGAUCGUAUCAUAAAACUAUUUGAAGAUGCAAAGCAGAAAUUAAUUUCUGAGGCAAAUGAAUUUAAAACUGCAGAAACUAUGCCAAUGAGGAAUACAUGUGAUGACUCGUCCAAAGUUAAGGACGAAAUAAGUAAAAUCUUGUCAAUGUGUUGUAUCAUUUUAGAACGCAGAACACCCAGUCAACAAUAUAUUUAUUCGGAACUUAUCAAGGAGAGACGUAAAACAAUGGAAUCAAACGCAUAUGACCAAAGAAAGAUUCAAGUUGCAUCAACAGUUGCAGUGUCUUUUUCAAAAGAGCUGACUUCAUUCCUUGAGUUGGGAAGCAAUUUCAUACAACUCAAUUAUGAUGGCAACAGGUCAGUGGAAACCAGUCCCAUUAGCUUAUCAUCUCAACCAAGGCCAGUCGCACUGAAGCUGCUCGUGUCCUUGGCUCUAAGCAAGACUGGAGAUGACGAGAAGGAGCCUGGCCUCAGUGGACUGGACUUCCUUCCUGACGGGAGACUGGUAGCGGUGGAUAAAAUGAACGACAAAUGUAUCAUACUGAAUGAGCGACUACAGAGACUUGGAACACAGCACAGGUUCAAGUAUCACCCGCUUGGCGUAGUAUGUGUAUCUCAUAAUGUUCUGUAUGUAACAUGUGAUGGUGAUUAAGUAGUAUGUCUCCUGUCCGUGAGUGCAGACAAUACCAUCAGACUGACGAGGGAGUUCAAAACAUCAUCAAAGUUUGAGGCUAUAUGUUGCAUGUCUCCAUCUUACAUGGUCGCGAGUGCGUUUGAUGAUCCCCGUCCUGCUAGAAAUAUUUCAGUGGACGGGGUUGAGUCUGACUUUGAUCACUUCCUGAUGUUUCCUAUGAAGACGUACAAAAUUAAUGAGAGUAUGUGCACGUAUGUCCAGUCUAAGAACACGUUAGUACUGACUGACAGGUUCGCUCAUACAGUUUACAUGUACGACACCUUGAAGGGCACGUCUAGAGCAGUCACUCAUGAGAACAUACAGGAACCUCAUGGUUGCUGUGUAAUGCCUGGUGACACAGUGCUGGUGUGUAGUGAGAAUAAGAAUUCCAUCGUGCACCGGAGUGUUGAUGGGGACUUACUUGGUACCUACCCAGUGGAUAUGAAAAACCCUCGCAGCAUAAUUUAUGUGUGUCAAAGGAUGGCACAAGGCUGGCAGUGUCAAACAACGAAAAAGGCGACCACAAACUUCAGUUGUAUAAGAUAUCACUGGCAAUCAGUGAGGUGACUAAUGAGACGUGAUCCAUGUGAUCAUGCUAUGAACUACUAAAAUAUAAAAUAUAAAGGUGGUGUAUGGUGAUGUUUAAUCAAUACGGUAUGCGUUUUGAUUGAUUAGAAUUUAAUGGUU